CAUCAUGUUUUGUCAUUAACGUCUAAUUUGAGAAAUUUAAGGAUAAUCAAUGAAACAAAAGCACGCUAAAUUAUUAAUAAGGUAUGAUCAGACCGACGCGUGUCUUUGAAACCUGAUCCUUGCCGCCGAAGAAUUCUUUGCGGUGACGGUUCGGCGAUUCACACUAAGGGGGAGCCAACAGAAUUUCAAGAUUGGACGCCUAAUCAAUCGCCACCUUUUCCACCAACUAUUGUCUUUCUCUCUCUCUCUAUUUCGUUGCGAUUCCGCAUUCCACAACUUAUUCGAUCCUUAAGCGGACCCCGGAAAUUAUAAAAAUUCGAAACUUUGAACCUAUCCGAUUCUUUUCUGGCUCCCCUUUCUUUCGAAAUUCACAGUUCAUAGGUCAAAUUACAUGUUAAGUGGUUUCUAAGGCAAUUAUUUGAUAAGGAACAGAAUGAUGACACAUGAUCCAGAUCCAGAUGUAGUUCGAUGGGGUCUCCAUCAUAUUAAUGUUUGUGCAAUUCCUAAUGUUGGUUCAGGUGGUGCUGUUACACAAUUUGAAACAGACGGAAGUCAAAUUGGGUAUAUUAGUGAAGGUUAUAAUGAACCGGUGGAUAGAAGUAGUGUGACACAGCAUGAAAGAGAUGGAUGUCAAUUGCGGUAUAUGAGAGAUGGUUACGAUGAAGUAGCAUAUACCAAUGUCGAUAAUGAUGUGGUCAUAGCGCUUGCUCUUCAAGAAGAACUUUCACGAGUUGCUGCUGCUGAAGCAUCUGGAGUGUAUAAUUCUGGGCAGGAAUUCAUCGUUCAACAGAACUGGAUUUCUCAUCAUGGUGAUGACGAAGAUCAGCAAGGGAGAGACGGUCAAUGGGAAAACCAAAAACAGGUAGAUGAGCAUAGGAAAAAGGAAGAGGAAAAUAAGGUUUCCAUCAAAAUAAAAAGUGAAGAGGGUGGUGAAAUGCGAAUUUCUGGUCCAUCUCUAAGUGGGCCAGAGGCAUCGAACUCUGUUGACACCCUAUUUGAUUCAUUAGACAUAGUGGAUGAGUCAGCUCUUGAUGGUGAACUAGGCAAGAGGUUGAAUGACAUGGUCCCUGUUCCUCAUGUUCCUAAAAUAAAUGGAGAAUUACCAUCACCUGAUGAAGAGAUAUCAGAUCACCAAAGGCUGCUCGACAGAUUGCAGUUAUAUGAUCUGGUAGAGAAUAAGAUUCAAGGAGAUGGUAACUGUCAGUUUCGAUCUUUAUCUGAUCAACUGUAUCAUUCUUCUGAUCACCACAGAUUUGUGAGAGAGGUAAUCGUUAAUCAGCUAAAGUCUCAUCCAGAUUUGUAUGAGGGAUAUGUUCCAAUGGCUUACGAUGACUAUUUGAAGAAAAUGAGCAAGACUGGUGAAUGGGGAGAUCAUGUUACAUUGCAGGCUGCUGCAGAUUGGUUUGGUGUCAAGAUAUUUGUCAUAACUUCAUUCAAGGAUACAUGUUACAUUGAGAUUCUUCCAAGCAUGCUAAAGUCCAAAAGAGUUAUUUUGUUGAGCUUUUGGGCUGAGGUGCACUACAAUUCAAUAUAUCCAGAAGGAGAGAUGCCUCUCGUGGAGGAGAAGAAGAAGAAGAAAUGGUGGAUGCUUGGAGCUUAGGCAUGUCAUUUUGGGUUAUCUGGUCUCUUGAAGAAAUCCUGGUUUGUGAUGGAGCAUAUGCCAUUCGUCAGCAUUCUUUCACUGAUCGAUGCUGCGUCAACUUCUGUAAUGUAUAAUUGGGUCUUGUCUCCUUCGAUCCAUCCUCUGUAUAUAAUCUCCCGAGGUUCUUUGAGUUUGCCUGCUAUGGCAAAAUGCAAAUGCUUGGUAUUUUCAUUUUAGCAGUUCAUAGGCUCUUAGGUAUUGUAGGCAUGCAUUAUAUAGCAUUAAUUUUAACAAUAAAUAAUUUCUCUCAUUGUUGAUUGAAUGAAUGAGAGUUUGAUAUAGCUCUUGCCUCUUGCACUUC